GGGCAAACAGUUGGGUCCUUAAAUCAGUGUUCACGGGGUAGGGGAGUGGGAGAGCCCCUUCCCCGACAAUCCCCUGUAACCUUAACCGAGGAAGGAUCCCAAGAGGCGAGGUGCCGCGACUCCGCGCGGAGGGCAGAGCUAGGCGCACGUGGGGGAGGAACUGCUUUUCCUGGGCUGGGUCCAACGGUGCCUACCGCUGGGCUUAGGAGCGAAGAAGGGCAUGGGGGCUGGCGGUAGGGGUGCAUUUCUGCAAAUCUCAGGGCUCAGAGCCCUGGAGGCACAGCCCUGCCACUUCUGGGUGUGCGGGCGGGGACUCACGCAGAGCCCCGCAGCCGCUCCAGCGAGGGUACCCCCCACCCACGCUCCUCCGCAGGGAUGCGCUCCCUCUUUCCUUUCUCCCUGCGCGCAACCCCACCUUCGCUCGCUCUCGGGGAGCCUGCAGGGCAGCCGGGAGGCGUGGCCCGCAGGUGGCCCGCCCCUUUGAUGUGCGCCGGCGCCGCUGUGAUUGGACAGUCGCUUGUGACGUGUGGGGACUGCGGUGGGUCCGGGUGCUGCGGCAGCCGCAGCGCCAGCCGCGGCUCGGGCUCCGGCUCCCGGGCAUUUAAAGGGGACGCGGCGGCUGCCCGGGGGGAUGGGGGGCAGGUGGAGGGGGCGGCCCAGACGCGCAUCAUCCACGGCCCCUCGGGACUGGAGGGACUCGUGAGCCGGAGCCCAGAAAUCCGGGGGUGGAUAAGACACCGCGUCCCCUCCAAUUCCCGCAGGAGGAAACAAGGAGGAAUCCGGUGAUCUGAUGUGGAAUCAGGGAGGCGAGCACCACUUUUAGGUGGGACUAGAAUAUGAACUCCCGGCCACCCCAAAGAAACCCCUCUUUCCUCUCUCUGCUCUAGCCAUCUGGAGAAGCUCCUAGACCCUGUCCCCCUUUUCUCUGAGGGACUCUUUUUGGUGACCACAAAAGGAUUUGGUCACUUAGGACAAAGCUGCCAGAGAACUUGUGUGGUUGUCAGGAGCUCUGCACGACGGCUGGAGACCGACAGAGUCCCUACAGGUGGUACCCAGGGUGAUGCACUGACAAUGAGCGGGUGUUUUCCAGUUGCUGGCCUCCGAUGCCUGUCUAGGGUAUGUCGUGGCCUGGCGCGGGAAGCUCCUACCUCCCCAAGCCCCACUGCUUCUGCUGCCCGCUGCCUUCGGACUCUGGCAGAAACCCCACCCGCUGACGUGUUCCUCCCAGGGAAUUGGUCUUGGAUGUGCCAGCGCCUCUGGCCAUGGCCCGCUAACCAGCCUCUCCCCGGCCGGCCCGCGCCGCGCCCCCUCUCGCUUGCUCCCUCCUCCUCCUCCUGCUCCUCCCCCCCCUGCUCCCAGGACGGCGGGAUGGCCGCGCAGGGCGCGCCGCGCUUCCUCCUGACCUUUGACUUCGACGAGACGAUCGUGGACGAAAACAGCGACGACUCGAUCGUGCGCGCCGCGCCGGGCCAGCGGCUGCCCGAGAGCCUGCGGGCCACCUACCGCGAGGGCUUCUACAACGAGUACAUGCAGCGCGUCUUCCAGUACCUGGGCGAGCAGGGCGUGCGGCCGCGGGACCUGCGCGCCAUCUACGAGGCCAUCCCCCUGUCGCCCGGCAUGAGCGACCUGCUGCAGUUCGUGGCCAAGCAGGGCUCCUGCUUCGAGGUGAUCCUCAUCUCGGAUGCCAACACCUUCGGCGUGGAGAGCGCGCUGCGCGCCGCGGGCCACCACGGCCUGUUCCGCCGCAUCCUCAGCAACCCGUCGGGGCCCGACGCGCGGGGGCUGCUGGCACUGCGGCCCUUCCACACGCACAGCUGCGCGCGCUGCCCCGCCAACAUGUGCAAGCACAAGGUGCUCAGCGACUACCUGCGCGAGCGGGCCCACGAGGGCGUGCACUUCGAGCGCCUUUUCUACGUGGGCGACGGCGCCAACGACUUCUGCCCCAUGGGGCUGCUGGCGGGCGGCGACGUGGCCUUCCCGCGCCGCGGCUAUCCCAUGCACCGCCUUAUCCAGGAGGCGCAGAAGGCCGAGCCCAGCUCCUUCCGCGCCAGCGUGGUGCCCUGGGAAACGGCCACCGACGUGCGCCUCCAUCUGCAACAGGGAACUCCCGACCCCGAAAGCCUCCGGGUCGCGCCGGAAUCCCAGCGGAGAGAGAUGAGGCUCUCCACCGACAGCCUCAGGCCUAGGUCUUGCUUCACCUACCGCGUCUCCACACUACACCCUUUUUCUUCUUGCCUCCCUUCCCGCGCCCCACCCCACCGCCCACCCCCAUCAGCAUCCCCAAAGUGGGGCGUGGGGCGGGGGGGAGCCGGAGGGAACAGUCGCCUCCUGGCGGUGGAACGAGGUAGCACAUUGUCCGGCUGGGGUCCAUCCAGCCUGGGACGUCGCAGCGCGCGACGGUGUCUCCUCUCACCCCAGCCUCGUCUAUGGAGCAAGAGACCAGGGACUUUACCAAAGUCGCCCCGCGGGCUGGGCUCUCUGCGCCCCCCUCCUCCAGUAUGGAACAGAAAGCCAUGAUGUUUUAAAGCAGAGCCAGCGAAAGCCAAGCCCCUCCUCCCUCUUUGGUGUUUUAGAGCUAUAAAGGAGGUGAAGGGGGGAAGCGCUGACUGAGAUCUUUCGCGCCGAUGUCUGAAGGGUGAGGACGAGGCGAU